GAAGAGGAGGCGGAGAUGCAGACGGAGGCGAGGGUAGGGAUGGUGGUGGAGGGCGGAGCUCAGAGGGCCAUCGCGCCCAGCCACGGUGGCGCCGCCGCCGUGGACGGCGGAGGCCGGAGAUACUCGACGCACCACCACCAGCUGCAGAAGCAGCAGCUGCAGCAGCAGCCGCAGAUCGGGACGGUGGCGCAUCUCCUCGCCGGAGGGGUCGCCGGAGCGGUGAGCAAGACCUGCACCGCCCCCCUGGCUCGCCUCACCAUCCUCUUCCAGGUCCAAGGCAUGCACUCUGAUGUUGCAACACUAAGCAAGCCUAGCAUAUGGCGCGAGGCUUCGCGCAUUGUUUAUGAAGAAGGGUUUAGAGCAUUUUGGAAGGGAAAUCUUGUGACAAUCGCUCACCGACUGCCUUAUUCAUCAAUUAGUUUUUAUACGUAUGAGCGCUACAAACAUUUACUGCAGUUAUUUCCUGGUCUAGAUAGGCAUGGAGAUUAUGUUAGCGCAGAUGUAUGCGUGCGAUUGCUCGGUGGUGGGUUGGCAGGAAUAACAGCUGCUUCUGUCACUUACCCAUUGGACCUUGUUAGAACUCGCCUUGCGGCUCAGACGAGAACUAUGUACUACCGAGGCAUAUCGCAUGCUCUUUAUACCAUUUGCCGAGACGAGGGUGUCACAGGGUUAUACAAGGGUCUUGGAGCCACAUUAUUGGGAGUUGGCCCUAGUAUAGCAAUCAGCUUCUCUGUUUAUGAGACUUUGAGAUCUUAUUGGCAAAUAAAAAGACCACAGGAUUCUCCUGUCUUUGUUAGUUUGGCUUGUGGAAGCCUGUCUGGGAUUGCAUCAUCGACAAUUACAUUUCCAUUGGACCUAGUGAGACGGCGAAUGCAAUUGGAAGGGGUGGCUGGAAGGGCACGCGUGUACAACUCAGGCUUGUUUGGCACUUUCGGGCACAUCGUCCGCACAGAAGGCUAUAGGGGUUUGUACAGAGGUAUCCUGCCUGAGUACUACAAAGUCGUACCAAGCGUCGGCAUUGUUUUCAUGACCUAUGAGACCCUCAAAUCCUUCCUUUCUGCCGUGCCUGCUGAUGACUAGCGUUGAGAUCUUAUUACUUCCAGCUUACAUAAUUUUCAUCUUUGAUUACUGUUAGUCACACCUGCGUGUUGAGCUUCUCUUAGGACUUUAGGGCUGAUUUCGUUGCUUGUCUUUGAGUAUUCAGAUGGUGGCGAGUUUUGCAAUUGCUGCCACGGAAAAGGAAAAAAAACAAAACAAAGAAAACAAAAGGAAAGCGAAAGUUUCAUUUUACCUGUAUAGAUGUAUUAUUGGAUCUUUUGAAGUUAUGUGUCCCAGAUGUCUAACAGUUAUGCGUCUUUUUAAUUUGUCACUGUUGUUCUUUGG